AUGAGUGAUAAUAAUAUGAGACGUCGUUCUCUUCCUUCAACUCUGCCGGCCAUAGAAACAUUACAGAGAAAUGUGCGCCCUGUACCUACGACUUAUUCCAGGAAACCUCGGGACAUACCAUUUCAUUUGCCGCAUAGAAAAUUACUAGAAAAAAUUGAAUUUGUCGAAAAAGAGCCCGAACCUUUGACUGGAUUCUCUGCAGCCCAAGAAGAGAGGUACAUUAAAGAGAAAAAACCUCCUAAGUUGCAACUGGAACCCAUUAAGAUUGAUGAAGUUAAAAAGAAAAAGACCCUUAAAAUUAGAGAGUCAAAAGGCAGUAACGAAAUUGGCGAAAAAGUAGAAUACACCACUGACCCUCUGAAGGUGAAGCCAGAAGUAGCAUCGCAGAAGGAAGUGAUCGAUUAUGUGAGACGUAACCCAAGCUGCGGUUUCCUCUAUAUGGUCUACGCAGUGGAUCCGGAGAACGUGUACUUUACACCAUACUAUCUAAAGGUUGUGAAGUACGAAGAGUUGGAUAAGAAGAACUACCUGACGAUCAGCCCUUGCGGCGUGACGCACUACACCAGCGAAAUGGUGUUCACGACGCUGGCGGACUGGGAGCAGGAGUACACCAUCUUCGUGAAGCUUACUGAUAUGCAACGGCUGGAGCAGUGCGUGGUGAGGCUGCGCGAAUUCCGCGCGCUGUCGCUGGAGGCCAUCACGGUGGCGGCGCACGCGGCGCUGCUGCGGCGCGGUUUCGUCUACGACGACCGCAACGUGCCACCACCGCAGAUGCUGCGCGGACGCAUCGUGGGCGGCAUGACCUACACGCAGAAGGCCGACAAGAGGAACUUCAUCAAGCUGUCCGACUACAUGACGAACUACAUGCUGCACGGGCUGACCCAGCGCUCGAACGCGAUGAUGGCGGACCUGCUGCGGACCCACGCUGCUUUCACCCCUAGCGCCGAGCUUCUAGCUGGCACAACCUUCGACGAGUGGGCGUUGUUUCAAGUGGACGCUUACGUUUUACCGAACGGAGAGGUGGAACUCAACCCCAGCGAAAAGGUGAUAUCGGGAUACAUCGAGAAGAUCACCAGUUACUGGGACGAGCACGUGCGCACCUUCCACAACUUCCUCAACGACGAGUCGCUGCAGAUCUUUGUCCAGCCCACCAUAAUGGGCAAGCAAGUGGAGUGGUCCGCUGGCACGUCACCCAACUUGUACUUCCUCAUGAACCAGGAUAAAAAGAUGCUGGAAGACAUAACCUACAUACCGAACGCUAUCAAACAAGCUUUUGAAUGUACGGCUUUAUUUCUCCAGAGGAUGGAUUCCUUCAUGAUGGACUUCAAAGAGGCUAACGAGAUGGAUGUGGAACAGAUUAAAAACGAGAGAGAUGUGGUCGCUUUUAAAAUGCUCUGCGAUAAGUUGGUGAAGCAGAUGGACUCGAUCGAGGACGUAGUAAGCUACCAGCCUCUCGGGAUCGUCUUUCUCAACCUCAGCCCGUUUCAGGAGCUGUACCGGCCGCAGCCGAGGCGGCUAUUCGACGUAGUACAAAAUACCACUCCGGACAUAGGUCGGUUGUGCAUCGACGAGAUUCUAGAAGGCAUCGAGAGCAUAUCUUCGGAUGUCGGUCGCGAGCCUGAGUCUGCAGGCGAGCUGGUGGCCUACAACAGUUUGCUGGAUGGCUUGGAGGGCCGUGUGGCCGCGCUGGAGGAGCGCCUGGAGUACCUGCGGGAACUCUACGACCUCAUGGCAGAGUUCAAUAUUCCCGUGCCGCCUGACGACAUGACAGAAUACUUAGGGUUAAGCGUGUCGCUGGGCGCGCUGCGCACGGGCGUGGACGCGCGGCUGGAGACGCGUGGCAAGCUAGCCACACAGUUCGCCGCGUACGUGCAGCACGAUCUCACGCAACUCAUGCACCGGGUCAACGAACUGCGCGACCUCAUCGCGAUACCGCCGUCGCGUCUCGACCAGUUAGACGAUGCUAUUAAUGACGUUAAGCUGAGGCAAAUGCUUUGGAAGUCUUCUAAAGAGUGGAAUGAGCUCUACCAGAGUUGGUACGAGGUUCCCUUCAAUACUUUGGAUCCCGAAGAGAUCCAGACGGCUGCAAUGAACUAUGGCAAGCAGUUCAACCAACUGGACAAAGCCAUCCCACCCAACAAGAUCGUGCCGAAGUGCAAAGCUACCGUCAACAUCAUCAAGGAAAAGGUGGAGGAGAUGUGGGCGUCGCUGGAGUUCCCGGUGGUGGCGCAUAAGGAUGCACGCGACGUGUAUGUGCUGGGCGGACUGGAUGAGGUUCUGGCGGCGUUGGACGAGAGCGGGCUGCACGUGGCGACCAUUCUCAGCUCACGCAACUGCGGCCCUCUGCGCAGCCGCGUUGACGAGUGGGCUCGCAACCUCGAUCUCUUCACCAGGACCCUCGUGCCACUGGCAAUGCCGGCUGCUACUCAGCCGAAACUCUACGAGGAGUUCGUGCGCAACAACGAAAUGCUAGACCAAAUCAUGAAGUGUCUCGAAGCCUACCUAGAAACCAAGCGCGUCGCCUUUCCGCGCUUCUUCUUCCUGUCCAACGAUGAACUGCUGGAGAUCUUGGCACAGACACGCAACCCACACGCGGUGCAACCGCACCUGCGCAAGUGCUUCGACGCGAUCGCGAAGUUGGAGUUCGGCGUGCGGCUGCCGGCCAGCGAGAUGGUGGUGGCGGAGGACGGCACGCUGGUUGAACGCGAGAUGUCACCGCGAGAGCGCGACCGCCUGCAGGCCGCACUCGCAACCUCUGCGCGCCCCGACGAACUCACCACAGACAUCAUCGCCAUGCUCUCGCCGGAAGGCGAGCGAGUCACUCUUGGCAAGGUGGUGUUAACAGUGUCGCAAAUCAUGUGGGCGAGGGGCAUCCACGAGGUGCUGGGUGGCGUGAAUCCCGUGUCGGGGCUGGCGGAGUUCGAGCAGCGCAGCGUGAGCGCACUGAAUGCGCUGGCGGCGCUGACGCGGCAGCCGCUGGGCGCGUUGUUCCGCCGUGUGCUGUGCGCGCUCAUAACCGUUGACGUGCACGCGCGUGACAUCGUCACCAACUUACGUGCCGAGCACGUGCGCAGCACCUCAGAUUUCGAGUGGCUGAAGAUGAUCCGGUACUACUGGGAGGAGGACAUCGAUAACUGCGUAGCGCGCAUGUCCAAUGCGAGCUACGUGUACGGACACGAGUACCUCGGCGCUGGAGGCGUGCUGGUGAUCACGCCGCUGACGGACCGCUGCUACCUGUGCCUCAUGGGUGCGCUGCAGCUAGACCUGGGUGGUGCGCCCGCCGGGCCCGCCGGCACCGGCAAGACUGAGACCACCAAGGACCUCGCCAAGUCGGUCGCCGUACAGUGCGUCGUCUUCAACUGCUCCGAGGGGUUGGAUUAUAAGAUGAUGGGUCGGUUCUUCUCGGGGCUGGCCACGUCUGGAGCGUGGUGCUGCUUCGACGAGUUCAACCGCAUCGACAUCGAGGUGCUGUCCGUCAUAGCGCAGCAGCUCAUCACAAUCCGCAACGCCAAAGUGGCCAGGCUCUCCAGAUUCAUGUUCGAGGGCCGCGAGAUAAAGCUGGUGCGAACGUGCGCGGCGUUCAUCACCAUGAACCCGGGCUACGCGGGCCGCACCGAACUGCCAGAUAAUCUCAAAGCGCUCUUCCGGCCCAUCUCCAUGAUGGUGCCCGAUUACGAGAGCGUUCUCUUGGAGCGCAACUUGCAGGUGGAAGAGUGCCAGGUGCGUAAAGUAAUCCAGCUGCACGAGACCAUGAUAGUGCGCUGGGGCGUCAUGCUCGUGGGUCCCACUGGUGGCGGCAAGACGACAGUGCUGCAUGUGGAGGCUAGCAAAGUGGCGGCGAUGUGUAGUCUUCUGGGCAGCGUGCUGGCGGAGCCGGGCGAGCGGCUGACGGAGCGCGCGGCGCUGCGCAGCUACCUGGCGCUCUGCUUCCUCUUCAGCUACGUCUGGGCCGUGGGGGGGAACCUGCUGCAUGAUCACCGCAGAGCCUUCGAGCAGUUUGUUAAGAGACAGUUCGAGCAGUUUGAAGAAGGCGAAUACUGUCCGCAUGGCGUGAACCUGCUGGAGGUGUACGUGGACACGAAAGCGAGGCGGGCGAGACCCUGGGCGGAAGUGACGCCGCACUUCAUAUACAAACCUGAACGCGCGUUCUUUGAGACGGUCGUGCCCACUGAGGACACCACGUGCCACGCCCACCUGCUGCACCGCUGGCUUGCUGCCAACCAGCCAGUGCUGCUCACCGGAGACACGGGCGUAGGCAAGACGUGCAUCGUGCUGGACGUGCUACAGCAGAUGGAGACAGCGGGAGGCUGCACGCCGCUCACGCUCAACUUCUCCGCACAGACCGGAAGCCGCAGCACGCAGGCGAUCCUGUGCGGGCACCUGGAGGACUUCAUGGGCGAGGUGCAGUCUCUGGGCGAGGCGCUCGUGCGCGCGUGCGUGUCGGUGUACGAGCGGGUGCGCGGCGCGCUGCGUCCGACGCCCGCGCGCGCGCACUACGCGUUCAAUUUGCGCGACCUCUCCAAGUGCGUGCAGGGCGCGCUGCAGGCGCACCCGGCCUAUGUUCGUACGUCGCGGGACAUUCUUAGAUUGUUCUAUCAUGAAUGCUUACGUGUGUUCCACGACCGCCUCAUUAGCAUAGAAGAUAAAACCUACUUCUAUAAACUAAUGCACGAAGUAUGCGAAAGACACUUCCAAACACCGGUGCUGGAACUGCCAGAAGGUGAACUCAUCGAACAGCCUCCGUUGUUAUUGUUUGGAGAUUUUAUGAAUCCUUCCUUACCCAAGGAGAACCGAGUUUAUCAGGAGAUUCCAGAUAUAGAAAAACUUAUGGCAGUACUCAAGGUUUGCAUGUGA